AUGGUAAUAGAUUGGAUACAGAGAAACACAACAUCUGUUAGAAAUGGAAUACAGUGGACAAUGUUUAAACAAUUAGAAGACCUUGAUUUUGCUGAUGACCUAGCAGAAAUAUCAACAACCCAGAGACAACUACAAGAAAAAACAAACAUCUUAAAUUCAUAUGCCCAAAAGACCGGACUAAACAUCAACAUAGCAAAAACAAAAGUGAUGGUGGUAAACCAGAAAAUCACAGAUCCAAUUACCAUCAAUAACCAUCCAAUUGUAAAUGUAGAAGAUUUUACAUAUCUUGGCAGUGUAAUCAGCAAUGAUAAUGGAGCAAAAAAAGACAUACAAUCAAGAAUAUCAAAAGCCCGUACAGCCUUUCACAGACUUCAGCCAAUCUGGAAGUCACAAAACUUCAGCAUAAACACCAAGCUGAAGUUGUUUAACAGCAACGUGAAAUCAGUCCUCCUUUACGGCUCGGAAUGCUGGAGAAUAAUACAGAGCGACAUACAGAGGAUAGAGGCAUUCCAUAACAGCUGCCUCAGAAAAAUUCAUCAAAUAUACUGGCCUAACAAAAUAACAAACAAGAACUUGUUCAAUCUUAGCAAAUGUAGUAGUAUCUCAACACAGAUAAAACAGUGGCGCUUUAGAUGGCUAGGUCAUGUUCUGAGAAUGCCCAGUGAGAAGAUUCCAAAAACUGCCUUGCACUGGACACCACCAGGGAAACGAAAGCAAGGUAGACCUCGAACCACCUGGAGGAGAACCAUCCAAGCGGAACUUCAAGGGGAAGGUUAUACCUGGGGGCAGGCUCAGCACUUGGCAAAGGACAGGGACAAAUGGAGGAAGCUUGUUGGUGCCUUAUGUCCCACCGGGGAUGAAGAGGAUAAGUUUGACGAGGCGCUGCGAGAAUCGAAACCGGAACUUUCCAGUUGUAAAGCGAGUGCCCUAAUCGCCCGGCUACUGCGACUGGUGUCAGACAUAUGUUGA